AGACAGGCUCAGGCUUUUCCGCCACACACGGUUGCGGGUUUCCAGCCAAAUUGGGCUACUAAUUUAAAGCCCUGGCGGGGUUUGAAAGUACAAACUAGCCAAGGUACAGAUUUGGGCUUUUGGCUGCUUUGUACUUCGCAAACCAGCCAAAGCUUUUCUUGCCCUAAUGUGAAAAGCCUGCGUCUCCCAGUGCAUGUUGGGUAAUGAAGUUUUUGCUUAAUUUGCAGACUCUCCUGUUUAAUGUAAGACUACAAUACCCAGCAUGCAAUGGGACUGACUUGUGUAGUUACCAGAUUUUAGGCUCUGUACCUAGGGUUGCCACCUGGCCAGUAAAAAUGAGGGUCGAUCCCAAUGAUAUUCAUAGGGGAAAAAAGAGAAAUAUAUAGCAAGUAUUUCAUUUAUUUUUUAGACUUUUGUUCAUUGCACAUAUUGUGCUAUUUUUGGGCUACUUUUAAAGUGCCUCUUGGCUAUUUUUGGGCUGGUUUUGUAGCUGACUUUGGCUGGUUUUGAAUAUUAGACCUGGCAACCCUGCGGGCGUCACACUUUAUUGUUGUGUCGCUGUUAGUCGUAAAGGCCAGGGGUACCUGUAGAGCCUUUGGAAGUUUCAGACUGUGUCUGUGUGAUAACUGAGCCGUCUUGACUCAUUUUACUCAGGCGAAUAGAUAGUUUAAAUUCAGGUGAAGAGAUGUGAUUUACAGAAUGUCACAUCCUUUUAGUUUGUUUGUGAUGAACAUUUUAUGAGGCUGUGCCUUAUUAUUACCCUAAAUAGAGAGGGUCAAAAGAUCACUAAUAUGUGAUAAUCAUUUAUUUGACUGGUCAUCUUUAUUUAUAUAGUGCUAGCAAGUUAAACAGCUUUACAUUCAUUUAUUUAUAUAUUCAUUCAUAUAUUGACGGUUAAAUAAAAAUGGAAAAUUCAAUUUUUUUCAUUUUUAAAAGGUUUUAAUUGAAGCAGAUGCUGGCACACCAUGCAGGGAGAUUAGUGGAUCAUGAUAAAUUGGCUCUACAGCAACUAAUCUCCCGGAAAUGCUUUCCUGACAGCAAUAAUGUGAAUUGCAGGUGGGAAACCAUACGUGUUGCUUUGUUUUUCUGAAGUUGCCCGAAGUUUCCUCAUGAGGAAACUUAGGGUGACUUUGGAAAAACAAAGUUAUGUACAGUAACGUAACUAGCAGGGGGUGGGUACGGGUGGGCGGACCCCUCUCCGUACGCAAUUUUCACUGCGGCUGCACAGGUCCGGACUGGCAAUCAGUGGGUUCUGGCAAAUGCCAGAGGGACUGCUGGAAGUUGCCAUAGACAGUCAAUAUUUAUUGGGCUGGUGGGGGCUGCUUGGGCCUCUGUGUACUUGGAAUGCCUGGGCCUAUUGUGAAUCCUAGGGUGUGCUAACUGAGGGGGUGCGGACCCUCGUCAGAUCACAUGGUGAUGUGUAUGUUUUACCACUAACAAUCUAUAUUAUUGUGUUUACAUUUAUAUGGCCUGGGAGACCAGAACGGCUGCCUCCUUGACUACUAUGAUGCAAAGCGAUAUUGUGUUAUUUUUAUUCUCCCAAAGUCACCCAACUUUAACUUCAGAAAAACAAAUUAUUAAGGCCCAGGAGAUCGGAUGCCUCCUUACCUCUUGGUGCAUGGCUAUAUUACUGUGAGACAAGAUAUUACUGUAAGAUGUGCUAUUUUUGUUUUCCAAAAGUCACCCAAGGUUUCCUUGUAAGAAAACAAAGUGACACGUAUGUUUUCCCACACGCAAUUUAUAUUAUUGCGUUACAUUAUUAUGGCUGGGAGACUGGCACAGCUCUGCCUCUUGGUGCAUCUGUGGGCUCCCGUCAGAAUAAAUACAAAAUGUGUUUUCACAAUUCUUUGUACACACUGGAAUUUCUUGUGUGAGCUUACUGGUACCUCAAAAUCUGUGUGCACUUGCACAAGCGCACAUCUUAGGGGGGAACAUUGCUUGAAACCCUAUGGAUUUGAAACAAGUCUGUUCCAACCAAACUUUCUAUUUGGUACACCUUCCUUUGUUAAAGUGUGGACAGUCUAUAGUCCCAUGUCUAGAUUUAAGCCGUCCACUAGAUUGUCACAUAUACAAUUUUCACAUAUAUGAAAUGUCAAAAAUUAUCAGUGAAAAUUGGUUACAUAGUUAAAUCAGGUUGAAAAAGGAGCAUCAAGUUCAACCCCUCCAAACAAACCCAGCAUCCAUUACACACACCUGCAUAUACUCAUACCUAUACCAACUAUAGAUUUUAGUAUAACAAUAUCCUUGGAUAUUAUGCUUUUCCAAGAAAUCAUCCAAGCCACUCUUAAAAGCAUUAACAGAAUCAGCCAUCACAACAUCAUAAGGCAGUGCAUUCCACAACCUCACUUUUCAUCGCUGUGAAUAACCAUCUACACUGGUGGUGAACAGAAUUGUUUUUUGCAUUGGGGCAAGGUGACACCCCUGGGAUAUUUAAGAUACAUUUACAUUUUUUUAACCAGACUUUUGUCUCAUAUAGUUCAAAGAGUGCAUUUGAUUUCUUUGCACUAGAGAUGCUCUCUCUCUGUCUCCACCAAGACAGGCCACAGCAGUCCCAUGAUCACCCCAGAUGGUGAAACCCAUUCUCUGUAACUUGAAAUUAAAUUGUUGCAAGUCUGAAAAUAUAUAUUAGUGGACCCAGGUAAUAAAGUUUACAACAAAUUACCUGUGCCAUGAUAAAUUCUCAAAAAGUGGUAUAUAGUAUAUGGUAAAGUAAAUAUUUCUCAAACACUUUGUCCUAUAGUUGCUAAUUACAUUUUAAUACCUUUUGCGAGCAAGAAUGAUAAAAGGUUGAGAAAUUAUCAGUGUUACACUGAAGGUCAACAUACACACACAACUCAUACCUUGUAAUAUGAGACAUGAUUAACCAUACAAAGGCAUUACACAAAACAUUAAACAAUUUCAGUUAAUUUAUUUUUAUAUUAUAAUACAUUGAGUUACACGGAUUAUCUUUCCGAAGUGAAGGUGUUAAUAAGUCCCAGCGUGAUACUGUAUUUCUCACAAUAUACCAAUGCAGCCUCCACCCUCGUUCAAUGAAAAGGCUGCAGGGAGGGUUCUUACACAGACCUUUAUUCUUCCCUAUCACUCUUGUGGGCAUUCUGCAUAAUCCUUCUUGUGAACAGACGUCUAGUAAGGUGCAGCAUUGUUCUACAUAGAAAAUGGGAGCAGAACCACCAAAUCGCUCCAUCAUUCUCUUAUUCCUUCUUUCCUCACUACUACCAAUGGCAUCGUGUUCAGAUUUUUCUAUAUCUAUAUUUGAAGUCACAUCAAGAAGUUUCUAUGUUCAGUGGUCCAAGGUUCCUGGUGCCAUGUCUUACAAAAUCUCAGCAUCCCCAGACAUAUUAACAGGCGAGCCAGCAUUUUCAGUGUUUGAUGCAACUACCAUAAUUGGAAGUGUAAACACACUUCUCCCAAAUACCAAUUAUCAGGUUACUGUUGAAGCCAUGAACGAAUAUGGCGCUGUUCUUGCUCAGGCUCAAACAUCUCAUUUUACAGCUCCUGAGGUUCCCAGCAUUGACCAGACUUAUUCCAAGCUAAGUGGCAGCAUUACUGUGGAGUGGACUGAUGUGCCAGGGGCCACAAGCUAUCAAGUGACAGCUCAGGAUGGUGAAUCCUUUUUUCAGACAAUUGUCUCAAGUUCUCCAGGAACUGUUACUGGCUUGCAGGGUGCCACAACCUACACAAUACGUGUACGUUCCAUAAAUUCUGCUGGCAAGAGUCAGCCGUCUCUUCCCAAGAUGGCAAAAACAGUGCUUGGCUCUGUUUCUGUCACUGUGGACUCUCCAGCUAGUGAUGCCAUUAUUGUGAGCUGGCAACCAGUUUCUGCUGCUGUACUAUACUCUGUAUCCCUUAUGAGAUCUGAUGGUCUGGGCAAUAGGUGGAAUGAAAACACAACUAGCACAUCUAUUAACUUCACCUCUCUAGAUCCAGGCACAGUCUAUACUAUUAAACUCAAUGCCUGGGAUGACCAGGGGAUUCCUGGAGAUGACAUCACAUUCAUCCAUCUCACACGCCCUGCAGCACCUUCUGAUGUGCAGAUGACAUUUAGCAAUGGAGGGUCAGAUGCUAUAUUUUCUGUAAUUGGAGCAGAUGCCACAACCAACUACACAGUUCAUCUUUUUACUGGAAAUACCAGCAUGAAUUGCUCAACUGUUUCAGCCUCCUGCACAGUCUACUCAUUGGAGUGUGGACUUGAAUAUGCAGUGUAUGUAGAAGCAAUAAAUGAAGCAGGGUCCAGCCUAUCUUCUAAAUCUUGGAACCUGAAAUCAGUUCCAUGUGCCCCCAGCGCGAUAACAGUUGCAAUAGAGGAGGCGGGGAACUUGUCAGUUUCGUGGACCACUGAGAACCUCUCUGAAUAUUAUGUGGUGUUUGUGAAAAGUGAUGAUGGACUGGAGGUUCAUUGUAACACAUCCCAGACUCACUGCUACUUUCCAGCGGACUGUGGAUUCAUCUAUUCCAUGAGUGUUUUUGCAUACAACAAGGCAGGGCAAAGUCCCCCCGGGGAGGUUUUCACCUACACUACAGCUCCGUGUUGCCCAAGUGAUUUCAGUGCGGAAUAUAAAUCCAGUGAUACGUUAGAGAUUGUGUGGUCCCCUGUCCGUGGUGCUGAACUCUACGAGACCAAAGCAGAUGAUGGGAAUAAUGUGAUACUUUGUAAUGACACAGCUACUCUUUGUACACUUUCUGGACUGCAGUGCAACACGCUGUUUAAUGUCACUGUGUAUUCCCUCAGUGAAUACAGGGGCAGCAACACGUCAUGUGCCUCAAAGUAUAUGAAGACAGCUCCAUGUAGUCCAGAAAUUACAAACAUCACCAAUAUAAAUGAAACAACUUUCACUGUGUACUGGAAUGCCAAUAACAAUGAUGCCUUAUACACGGUGACUGCCAAAGGAGAGGAUGGAUUUUGGGACUGCACAAGCGCCAACACCUACUGCUCACUGGGGGACCUUCCCUGUGGCUCACUUUACAUGGUCAGUGUGGUGGCAGAGUCCAUUGAAGGAACAAGCUUGCCAAGCUACAGCAUGCCUUUGGAAACAGCUCCAUGUUGCCCUGCUAAUCUCAGCGUACUCCAGGUCACGCAGUCUGUGACAAACAUCAGCUGGUCUCUGUCCAAGGGAGCGAAAACAUAUAAUUCAGUUCUGGUGUCCCCUAAAGGAGAGGCAAAGUGCCACACUCUUCAAAACCACUGCCUGCUUGGAUGUAUCACUUGUGGAACAAGCUACUCUGUAUCAAUAGAGGCUAUCAGUGAAACUGGCCUCACAUCUGUAUGCAACUAUCAUGGCUAUUCUUCAAGCGAAUGUUGCCCAUUUGGUGUUAAAUUGUUAUACAGCUCAUCCAACAAUGGGAUUCGUGUAUCUUGGCGAGCAUCGUCUGGACCAGGCAACUAUAGUGCCAGCUUGCAUGGGUCUAAAGGGAAUUUCACAUGCACUCCAAGCUCCAAUCUUAGUUACUGUGAUGUAACUGAGAUUCCAUGCGGAGACGUGUACACUGUAGUUGUUUCUCCAAUCACAGCAGGAGAAUCCCAGACCUUAUUUUGUCCUAAGAAAAUGUAUUCUGUGGCAUGUUCAGGAAAUUCCCUUGGAACGGUAAUCUACCGAGGCAAGAGAAGUAUCAGCUAGGGCUACCUUCAAGCAACAGAGCUUGUUAUGUGAAAUGAAGAUGGAAUAACUGACCGAACUGAAACAAGCCAGCAUUUUAAUCUCUGGAGAUAUAAAACUGUAAAACUUAAAAUGGGUUUUGGUUUAUAGGAAACAACAUUUAAUAGAUUCCCAUUAGUGAAGUGCAGUCAUGGUGCAGAGAUUGUAUGUUUACUACCUUAGUUAAAUAAUACAUUUAUGUCUCUCUGGAGCUCGCAGGCUUCUAAUAUGGCAUAGAAAGAACACUCUAGGUAAUAUUAACUGAAAAACCUCAGCACUCCUCAGGUUGUUUAAAUGAAGUUAUCUUUCUUUUAUGAACGUUGUGUUUGGGCAUUACAUGUCUAAACUCCAAUACAAAUUCUUCUUUCUCUCAAAAUAAUGAAACUAAUUUUGUUUCCUAUAAACCAAACUGACGACCUAACAUUUUCUGUUGCUUUAUUUAUAGAUUUAAUGAAAUAAACACAUUUGCAUAACA